GGAGAGUCUGUCUAAAUUUAAUUCAUUAUUUUCUUCUUUUUACACCAAGCCUCUAAAACAUUUUAAUUUUCAACAAAAUGCUAUAAAGCUUCUUCACCAAUCACCACCGUGUAAGUGUUUCUUCCCAAGGCAUUCAAGAGGAGAGGGUCAACCACUACCGCCCUGGCCUUCUCCGUGGAGCCUCAAGAAAACUAAUUAUUAAGAAGCUUUAAAGAUGGAGGAGAAUAAAAAGGGCAGGAACAUAGCCUUCCUUGCGGUGAGUUCUUUGGUGUUGGUAGCUAUGGUGGUAGCUAUUACCAUUGGAAGCCAGGACUCGGAAGCCGAAAAUGAGGGUCAAGAUAGUAUUGUUGCCUCCCGGAAAGCCAUUGAAGCCGUGUGCCAGCCUACAACCUAUAAAGAAACAUGUGUCAAAAGUUUAUCUUCUUCAAAUGCAACACAUUCUACAGAUCCUAGAGAUCUUAUCCAAGUAGCAUUCAAUGUCACGAUCAAUGACAUUCGUGCUUCGAUAAAAAAUUCGAGCCUAUUCUUGAAUCUAAAGGAUGACCCGAGAUCAAAGUUGGCAUUAGAGAACUGUGAGGAAUUGGCUAAUCAGGCGAUAGAUGAUCUCCGAAGGACUCUCUCAAAGUUUAAAGACUUCGACUUGAUGGAUUUAGAUAAUUGGCUAGAUGACCUCAAGACUUGGCUCAGUGGUUCUCUCACGUAUCAGGAAACGUGCUUGAGCGGCUUCCAAGAAAUCCCCGGGAACGAAGAGAAACGUAUGAGAGAACUUCUAACCAAAUCCAUGGAAAUGACCAGCAAUGCGCUCGCUAUGGUCACUGGAAUCUCUUCCCUUUUCACUGAUGCCGAAGCCGGACCUACCAAUAGCGAGGCGAGUAAACGCCGUCUUCUCGCAUAUAAUAGAGAAAACCUCCCAGGUUGGAUCAACUCAGGAAGGCGUAGGCUUCUCACUGCCAGUCUCGAUGAGGUGAAACCGAAUCUCAUCGUCGCCAAGGAUGGAUCCGGUAAUUACACGAGCAUCAACGAUGCCUUGAAAAAUGUUCCCAUCAAAAGUGACCAAACAUUUGUUCUCUACAUCAAAGAGGGCGUUUAUGAAGAGCAGGUUACCAUUUACCGCAACAUCACUCACCUCACUAUGAUAGGCGAUGGUUCAAACAAGACAAAAAUUACAGGAUGGUUAAAUUUCAUCGAUGGAAUUUCCACCUAUCAUACCGCAACCGUUGGUGAGUAAAUGAGCAUGCCAUUCCCUUCAAUCUUCUUGGAUUCGCAAUUUGUUUAGAGUAAAACUAAAUUUUUACAUUUAGAUAUAAAGACUUUAUAGCAAUAGUUGAAUUAUCUAACAUACAUUGGCAUUUUUGAGAAUGCAGCUGUUCUUGGAGAUUAUUUUAUGGCCAGGGACAUCGGAUUUGAGAACUCCGCUGGGCCGGAAAAGCACCAGGCCGUAGCUCUGAGGGUGGGCGCAGAUAAAUCCAUCUUCUACAACUGCAAGAUGGACGGCUACCAAGACACCCUCUAUGCCCACACCUACCGCCAGUUCUACCGGAACUGCGAAAUCUCCGGCACCAUUGAUUUCAUCUUCGGCGACAGCGCCGCUGUGCUCCAGAACUGCACCAUUGUGGUCCGGAAGCCAUUGGACAAUCAGCAGAACAUCGUGACGGCCCAGGGCCGAAAAGACCCGCACCAGCCCACUGGGCUCGUUCUGCAGAACUGCACCAUUGUGACCGACCCGGCUUAUUUCCCCGUCCGGUUCACCCUGAAAUCGUACCUCGGCCGGCCAUGGAAGGAGUACUCCAGAACCGUCAUAAUGGAAUCGUACAUCCCUGAUUUCAUCCAGCCGGAGGGAUGGUUGCCGUGGGCGGAGGAUUUCGGGUUAGAGACUCUGUUCUACACAGAGUUCAAUAACAGGGGACCCGGAGCUUCAAAAGAGAACCGGGUCGAUUGGGCCGGAAUCAAGGAGCUUCCCAAGAGCCAAAUCAAGCGGUUCACAGCCGGGAAAUUCAUCACCGGGAAUAGUUGGAUUCGGGAAUCCGGCGUUCCUUAUAAUCACGGCCUGAUUUACACGGCACCGAAGAAAGACAAAUCGGUGAAAUACUCGCACGUAGACGAUGACGAUUUCAAGGAUAUGGGAUCUCACGAUAAGGAUGAUUAUGUAGCUCGCCGCCCCACUCAAUCAUCUAUCAGUCUUCCUCCGUCCUCCGCACCAACUCCGGCGCCUACUCCGGCUCCUGAAGCUGCUGCAAAUCUCGAUUACGAAACUAUUGUAGAAGCGCCAAUUCCGAUGAAUGCUUGGAUUUAAGGGCUAACCUCCCGCGUCCCACCGGCUAAAAAAGAGUUCGAGCUGAACAAAUUCUUAUGAAACAGGGACGAGAUUGGGCUUCUCCAUUUC